AAAAAAUGUUCUAAUAAGUGAGGCAAUAAUGCGAUGCUAACAAUUUAGUAUUAUUAUUUCUAUAUUCAUUCUUCUUAUUCUCUUAAAUUGACGAAAGUAAGAAGAUAUCGCGAUUAUUAUAUCGAUAUAUAUAUAUUCUUGACUAUUUCUUUAAUAUUUAAAAUGACAUUAAUAAAGAAAAAAAUAUUUGUUACUGUUGGCACUACGAAAUUUGAUGAAUUAAUUAAGACAGUUCUUAGUUCAGAAGUUUUAGAGAUGUUAUCAUCAAAGGGAUAUAAUGAAAUUAUUUUACAAAUUGGCAAAACAUUAUUUAUACCAAAUUGUAUUCCCCGUUGUGGUUUUAUUAAUAUUGAAUAUUUCAAUUUAAAUGCAAAUAUAAUUAAAUACAUAGAAAAUACUGAUUUAAUUAUAAGUCAUGCAGGAGCAGGAAGUAUUUUAGAUGCUUCAGAAAAUAAAAAAGAUUUAAUUGUAGUUGCAAAUCAAAGUUUGAUGGACAAUCAUCAAUUAGAGUUAGCUGAAGAACUCUACAAGAAUAAGCAUUUAUAUUAUUGUACUUGUGAAACUUUAUUAGAUACUAUACAGACUAUGAAUUUUGCUGAAUUAAAACCAUUUGUUAAUUAUAAAAGUAAACAUAUUGCUAAACUUAUAGAUAAAAUAAUGGGAUUUUCAAUCUAAAAAAAUGUUUAAAAAAUUAAUGUUAUCUUUUAUUUAUAAUAAAAAAAUUUUAAAAAUUA